GCCGCGGCGGCUCCGCGGGACGGCGGGCGCGGCGCGGGGCUGCCCCGCGCGGGCGGGAGCGCGAGCCCCGCGGCGCCCCGAGACCAGCUCUUCCUCAUCAAAGGUGGAAUUUUUCUGGGUACAGUUGCUACAGCAGGAAUGAUGGCAGGUUUUGGCACGACACUUGCCAUGGCAAAAAAGAAGGAUCCAAACUGGUUCAGUAAGGGAAUUACGGCCACAGCUGUGCUACCAGAGAGCGGUUCGUCGCUGGCCUUGCGAGCCCUAGGAUGGGGCUCCUUGUACGCGUGGUGUGGAGUUGGACUGCUGAGUUUUGCCAUCUGGAAAGCUCUGGGAGUUCACAGUAUGCAAGAGUUCCGAACUAAAAUGCAGUCAAUGUUUCCAGCAAUUCCUAAAAAAAGUGAACCUACUGUAGAAUGGGAAGACUUACUUAAAUCCAAAUGAAAGAAGCAGAAAAUUUUGGAGACAUCCCAUUCAGCAAGAAUGUCAGGGGAACUACUACAGGUGUCUCAUCUGAGAAACUCAGACUAAGUGAAAAGAAAAACUCAGAAUAAGAAAACUCAGAUUAGAGUUUUCUUAGCAAACUCUAAGACUAAGUGAAAAGAGAACUCAGACUAAGUGAAUUACCGAAUUCACUGGACCUGGUGAUGCCUGUGAACAUCUAACAACAAGAGAGUUUACAAAAACAAUUUUUAUUAUGCUGUAUGUUUGCUAGUACCUCUUCAGCCUGUUUGAUAUAGUUGAUUUGUUAGGAAAUCCAAGGUGAGUUGUAUCCAUCUUGAAAAAAAGAAUUUAUUUUACCAAAAUUUGAAGAAGAAACUAACCUUCAGUAGUAAACAUAAUGAAAAUGCAAUAACAAGCCCUUAUUCCAUCCUGUCCCUCAAGAGGAAUUCUAGGAAAUUUCUCUAGGAACCAAGAGUACUUUCAGUGUUAUUUGAACAUGUCCUGUGAGGAAUGUAACCCUCAAGUAAAUUGUAACAAAUCUGUUAAUGAACCUGGAGGUAAAGCAUACAGUGGACUCUUCUAAAAAUAAAGGCGAUAUAUAAGGUUGCAGCGGAGGAAGUAUCUGAACCAUGCUAUUUUUGAAUGUCUGAAGGGAAAGCUAAAAGCAUCCAGAAUGCAAGGAAUGCCCUACUGAGCUGCUCCGUAGAGCCGAGGAGAGACCUCAACAAAGUGUGCUCUGUUUCCUCAGUAGCACUUUUUUUUAUUGGAUCUUACAAAAAUCUGAUCAUUUKCAUAAAAGAUGCUAUUGUAGUAUGAAAAUCUAAGUUGUAAGUGAAAAUGGUAUAAAAUACUGAUAUACUUUGUCUUCUACUGGAAGUGUUUUCAGCUAAGAAAAUACACAGUCAAGUAUAGCUUUUGGUAUUUCAGUGGCUCCUGUGGCUCUUCUACCAAGAGAAAUCUAGGCAGUAUGUUAUUUUUCACACUGCAGUGAUCUCAUGAAGCGUGGGCGUAAACAAGGAAGAAUAAUGUCUUAGUCAAACACUGUAUUUGCAGAGUUAUAGAUCUGUAAAACUGCAGAAAUAAUAAUCCUUAAAAAAAAGCCAUCACUGAACAAUCCUUUGCAGAAUACUCAAUUAUAAAGUUUUUUUUAUUAAUUGCACACAGUCCAAUUAGUCAG